AAACCAUAAAAUUAUUUUUACCUCCUUUGUCAAAGUCGACUAGCCCAACAGGGUCAAUGGGGUCAAUUUGAGGCGCGAAAGUGUUUUUGUGUGAUUUUUGGGAAAACAUUCGGAGUAAAACUCGUUUUUCCUCGUUCUUUGCAACAGAAAGCAUUCACAAUAUGAAUCCUGCAUCAACGAAUGUUAAGGUGAGUGAGAUAUUUAUGGCAGCAGGCCAGGCCUUCUCUAAGCUGGGUGAGAUGUGUAUGCAGCUCCACCCUGCAGCAGCAGAGGCAUCACCUUCCAGUGGGAGCACCAAGUGGACGGAUGAAGAGAUAGAGAUGCUGAGGACCUCAGUGGCAAGGUUUGGAGAGGACCUGAACAAGAUCAGCGAACAUAUCAAGACAAGAACAGUGGCACAGAUUAAACAGGCUUUAAAAAAGAAGACGUUUGAAGAAAGUGGUGUUCCUUACAAGCCUCCUGUGGAACAGAAGUCUCCCAAGAAAGGAGGGGGUUUGCAGACUGCUGCAAUAGCCGCCGGUCCAACAGCUACCACUACCCCCUCACGAUCAGAGCCUCCAGCUAAGAGACAAAGAACGGAUGUUCCAUACCAACAGUACCAUGAGUCAGACAAUAACGACACCCUGGUGGACAUAGAGGGUCUGGAGGGAACAUCUUCAGAGUCACCCAUUAAACAUGACAUCAACUUAGGAGUAGCACAGUCAGAACAAGAUCAGUUGAGUCUGGACUCAGGACUGAUGAUGUCACACAGUGUACCCCUCUCAUAAGGAAACCUUUAUUCACAUUUUAUACUACUUACAACAUAGCUUUAGUUACUGUAUUUUGUAUCUAUAAAAUUAUAUGUAUUUGUAUGAUGGACUUUUACAAAAUAUGAAGGUAGUGUUUUGUAGAAAUAUGCAAAGGUAUUGGAUUUAAAAGAUCCAGUUAACUGUAAGAAGAGCUAAGAAUGUUGUUAGUGGCUUUUGGUUUGCCUUUUAUUUUUAUUUUUAUGACAGUCACUAUAGAAAUAUUGAUACCACUAAUCUAAGAUGCAUGGAAUCCAUGCAAAUGUACAUGUAGUUAAUGUUCAACAAGGACUAGCAUUUGACUUUAAUGCUAGGGUGUAGAGAAUGGUACUAUACAUCUAGAAGCAAAGCACAAGUCUCUUUUGAUGUGACUUAAGUGAACAGGUACCUUCAAUAUCAGUUUAAUAUAAACAACAACAUUCCA